UAUCUGGUCCAAUGGGCUCAGGAUAACAGCAAGAUCGUUCGAGGGCACAUUUUAGUGUGGCGCUCCCAGCUGCCCUCAUGGGUUACAUCUGUCUCCGACAAGGCCACUCUCACGACCAUCAUCCAAAAGCACGUGAUUACUGAAAUGACGCGCUACAAGGGCAAGAUCUAUGUUACCAGUAGUGCACAUGAAUUCCUACGAUCAUUCUCCCAAUUCAUAUGA